UUCAUUGGAGGUUGGUAAACAGCAAAACGGCGCAUUAGCGCCAUCAGCUGGUAUGGGGAUGAUCCAGCAUGUUCAAAACCAGCAACACUAAAUCUCAGCUGCUGACAAGCGUCCAUGGCUGCAGAGCUCCGUUUGCAGCAGCUCACUGAGAUCUGGCCAGUGUUGGCCAAGUUACUUGAAAAAAGUAAUGAGAUUACAGUAACGCGUUACUGCCCAUCUCUGGAUCUGGCUGCCUCUUUGUCUUCUUGUGGUUUUGGGUCACUUCAGUGACGCCUGUCCUUCGCACAGUGGUCACAGGGCCCUGAAUGAAAACUGUGCUGCUCCCUCCCGUGCGUCUCAUUUCUCUGUGUUUGCUGGAUUUUCUGAAACCAUUGUCCUUUCCUUUCUUGCUCCUUUCGUUAGAGUUUGCGCUCUGAUGUCUGAGCUGCAAACUGACCCGUGGUCUUGUAUCGUCGUCCGGCUGCAGAGCUCAAAGAGCCCAUUGCUGAUCCUUUUCCCUAAUCUGACAUGAAACUGGGACAAUAAACGCUGUGUGUGAGGCAGUACAGAUGUGGACAGAACUGUAACACUGGUCCAUGUCUGUGUGACUGUGUGCCGGUGUAGAAAAGAAGCAGUAAUGGAAGAUACACCCCACGGCAGUGCUGCUGUCUGGGCGACUGUCCACCCACAGCUCUGUGCUUCUCCUCAUUUUCACAGGUUUCUGUAGUUUGAUGUCAUAACCAAGGAUUUCAUCUUUUCAUUCUGUCCCUUUACAGCUGUUCACUGUUACACACAAAUCAUGAAAGCAGCCCGUGACUGCAGCGUGGGGGGAGUCCUCUCAGCUCUGGCUGUGGUGAGCGCUCACAGGCAGUACCGCCCCUGACCGCAGGGGCGCUGUGUGCUGAUCGCCGGGGUUCCUUCUGGAAAAGCUUCGUCGACGUUAAAGCUUCCGCAGAGCGUCCGUCCUGUGAGCCGAGGUGCAGGUGGUGGUCCCGGGUUAUGCAUGUCAGAUAGCAGCAGUAACAACGCACAGGCUCCGCCUUCUGUGAGAGGGCCGAAGGUCUGAAGAUGUCUGCCGCCGUGGACUUCCACUCUCAGAUCGCCUCCAUCAUGGAGGUGCUGGCUAACGCGGCCGUGGCGGAAAUCUGUAAAGUUGUGGACGAUGGAUACGCGGUGGUUCACCUGGAGAUGUCCCGGAGCCAGAAGGAGAACGAGUUCCUGAGGAGGAAAAUCAAGCUGCUGGAGCUGCAGAUCGCCCGGUACCGAGCGGAGAGGGUGAGGGGGGCAGAGGGCUCCAUCAGCAGCCGCUUUCCCGGGGUUCGCCUCUUCAGCCGGCAGAGCAGGGACUCGCAGGCGGGCCCCUCUCUGCAGGGCAGGACCAGGUUUCUGAACCGAGGGCCAGGAGCUCAUCAGUCUGUGCAGAAGAUCCAGCUCGUCAGUCUGGACCAGGAUCCUGAUCAGGAGGUUGUGACCACCACCAAAGCCGAGUCAGCAGAGCCUGAGGGGGAGGGCGAGCUGCUGAUCGUCAAGGUGGAGGGAGCAGUGGACGCUGGGUCUGUUGACCACAAGCUGCCGAGACGAGAUGCUGCCUCCACCACUGCUACGUCACUCGGCGUCAGCGACGGCCAGACAUCCAGACACCUAAGAGGAAAAGAGGUCAGUGGAUCCAGCGUCGUCGGCUUUGUUGACGGUGGGACGGCUGAGAUUGAGGGCGGCGACACUUUUCACAGUUCCCAGCCGCAGCAGACCGGAGCAGGGGACCGUCGGCCUUCGAGUAAAGGUGCUGACACCGGGCUGGGUACAGCUUCCUGUGAGGACAACAGCAAAGAUAACCAGGCGGCGUUGGAGCCCUCCAAGUGCCCGCUGCCAGAAGUGAUCGUCAUUGAUAGGGGAGGGGCAUCGGACAAGGAGACCGCAGGGGAGGGGGGUGACUCGUCAGAUGCAGUCCAGACAACCAGAGGACGAGACGGACACAAGGACGCGACUCGGUCCUCGGGUCUGUGCUCAGCCGGAGAUGGGUCUGUGCUUCCUCACAAUGACCCUCCAGGAACCUCCAGCAUCAACUCCUCCAGUGACACGCACCUCCUGACUUUACACCACCCUGCGGUCCAACACAAAGCCCUCCCUCUGUCCUUCUACCAGGCCGUCACAAUGGAGCGUCCGUACGGCUGCACCAUCUGCACCAAACGCUUCUUCAUGGAGUCGGACCUGCAGAAGCACAUGGCCAGGCACACCAGGGAGAAACCCUACACCUGCCUGCUGUGUGGCAAAAGCUUCGUAUGCCAGAGCCAGCUGGAUAUCCACCACAACGUGCACACCGGGGAGAGACCUUUCAGCUGCUCCGUCUGCAACCGGCGCUUCUCCCACCCCAGCAACCUCAAGAGGCAUCAGAAGAUCCAGCACUGAACCCAAAGACGAACUCUCCACAGCCCGCUGCACCACAGCUUCUCCUCCAGAGGCAGGCUUAUACACUACUAACCUUCCUCAGCCUUAACUUCAUGAAACAGGACUGCAUGAAUAUUAUCACAUGAGCUGCUGUCACGUCACCCACACAGUCCUCUGCAGCACACAAAGGACACACACUGUUGUUGAUGAGGGACAGGAUGCAGUAUGUGAGUGUGUAAGGAUGAGUAUGGAACAGCAGCGCACACAGAGACACACACAGACACACACAGACACACACAGACAGACAGACACACACAGACACACA